UGAUAACAACACUGUCGUCAAUGUAGAAACCGUCACCUCGGAUUUAUUACUAGGGAGAUAAAAACUAUUCUCCACAUUGAUAGCUAGUUUACUGUAUUACACGAUGUAUUAGAUAUACCAGAAAUUUGUAAAUGUUCUUACUUUACGUUUUUUAUUUAUUUAUUUAAAAUAAAAUAAAAACAUUUGGUUGAAAAAGCCAGGCGUUUUAAUCAACAAGAGAGUUUAGCUAACGUUAAACCUUCUGUAAUUCACCAUGGAUCAAUAUAGUAUUUUGGGUAGAAUAGGAGAAGGAGCCCAUGGCAUUGUUUUCAAAGCAAAACAUAUCGAGACUGGAGAGACUGUGGCUCUGAAGAAAGUAGCUCUGAGAAAGUUGGAGGAUGGGAUCCCCAACCAAGCCCUCAGAGAGAUCAAGGCUUUACAGGAGAUUGAAGACAACCAAUAUGUGGUGAAGCUCAAGAACGUGUUUCCCCAUGGUACAGGGUUCGUCUUGGUGUUUGAGUACAUGCUCUCUGACCUCUCUGAGGUCAUCAGGAACUCUCAGAGGCCUCUCACCGAGGCACAUGUCAAAGGUUACAUGAUGAUGCUGCUGAAAGGGGUUGCCUUCUGCCACGAGAACUCCAUCAUGCACAGAGAUCUGAAACCAGCCAACCUGCUCAUCAGCUCUACAGGUCAUCUGAAGAUAGCAGACUUUGGCCUGGCCAGACUUUUCAACAACGACGGAGAGCAUCUCUACAGCCAUCAGGUGGCCACCAGGUGGUAUCGAGCACCAGAACUGCUCUAUGGGGCAAGAAAAUACGACGAAGGUGUAGAUCUCUGGGCAGUGGGAUGUAUCUUUGGGGAACUUCUGAAUAACUCCCCUCUGUUCCCUGGAGAGAAUGACAUAGAACAGUUGUGCUGUGUUCUCCGAGUCCUGGGGACACCUGACCAGCGCAUGUGGCCAGAGAUCACAGAGCUGCCUGACUACAAUAAGAUCACUUUUAAGGAGAACCCUGCCAUCCCUCUUGAGGAGAUAGUACCUGAUACCUCACUUCAGGCUGUGGACCUGCUCAACAAGUUCCUGGUCUACCCCUCUAAACAGAGGAUCAGCGCCAGACAGGCCCUGCUCCAUCCCUAUUUGUUCUCUGAGCCGCUGCCGGCCCACCACUCGGAGCUGCCUAUCCCCCAGCACGGAGGAAACAUUCCCGUCAGCGACUCCAGCCUCCUGUCGAAUUCUCUGUAGAUCUGCCCCUCUCAGAGAGCCUGGUGGACCCUGCUUUGGUCCAGGGACAUGCCUGGUGUCUAUGAUUGACUGGCCCACAAUGCUUUUCAUAGCCUGGUUGAGAGUAGCACUUAGGCUGGUUUAAUCAGGUUUUUAUGUUUGACUGUCAGAGCCUGGUGGACCCUGCACGGGUACACGGUGUGUAUGACUGUUCUUCAUGUUCAUCCCAGGCUGCUUAAACCAGGGGUGUAUUCACUAAGAAAACUAACCGGAACCAACCGGAACCAACCGGGACCAAACGGAACCAAACGGACCAAACGGAACCAAACGGAACCAAACGGAACCAACCGGAACCAAACGGAACC